AUGGCUGAAAAUCAACCCGGGAAAAGGUUACAAAUAUUGCGGAGUGAUAAUGGCUGCGAAUACCUCUCCAAUGAUUUUGAUAAGUUUUUAAAGGGACGUGGCAUCAUACAUCAGACAACUGCCAGUUUUACACCACAGCAAAACGGCAUUGCCGAACGUGUAAAUAGAACCAUCAUGGAAAUGUACAAUGGCCAACGCGAAUACCCCGAAUGGAGUGAAGCUGUUAACACUGCUAUCUACGGAGAUGUGUUGACGUUCGUCGGCUACUGUACAACAACAAAAGGCUUCAUACUGUACAACAAAAAGACCAAAGCAAUUGCAAUUUCCAGAGAUGUGCUGUUCUUUGAAAACUUGUUUGCAAAAAUUGAUGAAUAUAACGAAGAACAAGAGUAUAAUUGGAUGUCCACUCAGAGAGUACAACAAAUAAAUAUGUCACACAUCUCAGCUCCACGAGCAAUUUCUCCCCAAACGAGCCAGUCAACAACAUCAACAACAACACAUGAUCCAAUACUGAUGGCCCCACUAAUAAUACCCCCACCAACAGCAGGCGCAGCAGAUAGUGAUGAAAAAAUGAUAGUGAUGAAAAAAGAAACGAUGGACAGAGAGCCAGAUGAUAAGGAAUUAGAAGACUUAUUAGGCAAGUUAAGUUUAGAAACAAAAGAAACCAUGAACGCCGAACAAGUAAGUGAGCUAGUUAGAGCAGAAGUGAGCAGAGCAUUGGCCGCUCAAAAAUUAGAAUUCGACAGGAAAAUAACUGCGAUUAACAGUAGACUUGCUACUGACAAACCUAAAAUUGAAAAGUUUACGAAAGUUCGGAUAAAUCCGCUGGUACCUUGUGAUAUCACCUUAGAUGCCAUAAAGUCUCUUCCGGAAUUUUCGGGACAGCCAGGCACCUAUGUGUCAUGGCGCGAGGCAGCGCACAAUGCAUACGAGUUAUUUGAGAAAUACGAUGGCAGCGAACGCCACUAUCAAGCGGUGAUUAUUCUUAGAAAUAAAGUGCGAGGUGCCGCCGAUGCAGUACUUUCAUCCUUUAGCACGGUAUUAAGUUUUAAAGCAAUCAUUGCCCGUCUCGAUUUUACUUACGCGGACAAACGUCCGAUAUAUCUGAUCGAACAAGAACUGUCCACGCUGAGGCAGGGUUCGAUGCAGUUACUAGAUUUCUACGAUGAGGUAGAAAAGAAAUUAACCUUGUUAGCCAAUAAGACAAUCAUGUCAUAUGAAAAUAGUGUAGCAGACACUAUAAACGAAAAAUACAGAGCCGAUGCACUUAGGGUUUUCAUAUCAGGUUUAAGGAAACCCCUUUGUGAUAUCCUGUUUGCCUCAAGACCAACAGACCUCCCUUCUGCAUUGGCCUUAGCACAAGAAGUAGACGCUAAUAACGAGCGCUACGCUUUCGCGAAAAAUUUCGCAAAUAGAUCUGAUAGUUCUUACAACAGAAAGGCAAGUUCUGCCCAAAAUUCCCCUAAUACGGAUCACAAUGUGGGACAGAAGAACCCACAUUAUUCGGUUACCAAACAGAAACAGGCUGGUCAACCGCAGAACAACUUAAAUAACCAAAAGCCACACACCAGUGGUAACUUCGCCGAUCAUAGACGUGUCGAACCUAUGGAAGUAGACCCUUCCCUAUCCCAAUUUAGACAAAAAAAAAACUACCAAAGUCAUGACUAUAAUGACAGGUCACAGGGAAAUACACAGAAACGAGCGUCAAAUUCAGGGCGAUACACAGGACCAAAACUACAACGUGUGAAUCAUCUUAGCGAAGAACACGAAUCAAUGGACGAGCCAACGUAUGAUGAAGAUGCGGAACAGGCCGUAGACGAAAUUGAGAGCGACGAGCUUAAUUUUUUAGGGGAAGGUCCCUCCUGCCUUGGAUUUCAAGAAGAUUUUUUUAUUUUACCCGAGUUGAAAUCAUUUGAUGGCGUUAUUGGCCUUGAUUUAUUGAAUAAGGUACACGCAUCCAUUGAUUUAAAAACUAACACAAUUACACAUGACCAUGGAAAAGAAGUUAUUUUAUUUAUUACCAGCCAGGAUAUAAAUCAUUUACAACUUCAGGCUAAGUCGGUACCAAGGGAGUUCAAAGACGCAUUCUUUAGAGUAAUUGCCAACGUAAACGGAGUAUUUGCAGACCCCAAUGAAGCACUCCCAUACAAUACGAAUGUGGUUGCGACCAUCCGCACGGAGAACGAAGACCCAGUUUACUCAAGACUGUACCCGUACCCACUGGGCGUUGCGGAUUUUGUUAAUAAGGAAAUUCAGGAUUUACUGGCAAACGGUAUCAUUCGAAAGUCUAGGUCCCCCUAUAACAACCCAAUAUGGGUCGUUAAAAAAAAGGGCUUUGAUGAAAAUGGACAGGAAAAAAAGCGAUUAGUUAUAGAUUUUCGAAAACUUAAUGAUAAAACUGUCAGUGAUAGGUACCCGAUUCCAGAAAUAACGGAAACUCUAUCCAACCUUGGUGGGAGUAAAUUCUUCACUACACUAGACCUAAAAUCAGGUUUCCACCAAAUUCAGUUGUCUGAACCCGAUAGAGAAAAAACCGCAUUUUCUGUAAAAAACGGAAAAUAUGAAUUCUGCAGACUGGCCUUCGGUCUGAAGAACGCGCCCAGCAUUUUCCAAAGGGCGAUAGACGAUGUGUUAAGAGAACACAUCGGUAAGAGAUGUUUCGUCUACGUCGACGAUGUCAUUAUAUUCUCGAAAAACGAGCAAGACCAUUUAACAGAUACGGAAGUAGUGAUGCGAAGUCUAUUCGAAGCCAAUAUGAGGGUAUCGGCAGAAAAAUCAAAAUUUUUCCAAACCGAGGUCGAAUACUUAGGGUUCUUAGUUUCACAAGGAGGAAUUAAAACUUGUGCUGAAAAAAUUGAAACAAUUCGGAAUUUUCCUGAGCCCAGCACCUUAAGAGGUCUAAGGUCAUUCUUAGGCUUAGCGGGAUACUACCGCUGCUUCAUACGCGACUUCGCCAAGAUUGCGAAACCACUAUCAAACAUACUGAGAGGAGAGUACGGCCGAGUUACUGCAACACAGUCGAAAAAAAUCAAGAUUGAUUUGACUAGUGAGCAGAAAAAAGCCUUUAUUAAAAUAAAAGAUAUACUUGCCUCCGAAGACGUAACCUUAACAUACCCAGAUUUCCGAAAAGCGUUCGAUUUAACCACAGACGCAUCCUCCCAUGCUAUAGGUGCUGUCCUUUCACAGGAGGGAAAACCUAUAACCAUGAUUUCCCGCACUUUGACAAUUAGCGAGGAACAUUACGCUACUAAUGAACGGGAAUUAUUAGCCAUUGUCUGGGCACUUAAAACGCUUAGAAACUACCUUUAUGGUGUAUCAAAAUUAAACGUAUUCACGGACCACCAACCAUUAACCUUUGCCGUUUCGGACAGAAAUCCGAAUUCUAAAAUUAAAAGGUGGAAAGCUUUCAUUGAUGAAUGCAACGCAAAGCUAAUCUAUAAACCAGGCAAGGAAAACGUAGUUGCAGAUGCGCUGUCCAGACAGCACAUUAAUGCUUUAGACAAUGCGAGUGUUGAAACAAUCCACAGCGAAGAAUCAUCUACCAACACGAUUGAGAGAACCGAUAAGCCGGUAAAUUGCUUCCGUAAUCAGAUACUUGUUGAGGAAGGCACAGAACCCCAGAAAAAAACUUUCAUUAUUUUUGGGAAAAAGACGAGACACUUGAUUUCAUUCCGAACCGAUGACGAUUUAAUUAAAAAUCUCCAGGAAGCCGUGAACGUAGAUGUAGUAAAUGCUCUGCAGUGUGAUCUACACACAUUGGCACGAUUCCAGCAUAAAUUGAUCGAACUCUUUCCAACCGUGAAAUUCAGGCACACAGAAAAGUUAGUUAUUGAUAUAUCAGAUCCUAACGAACAACAGGAAAUUAUCGCAGCCGAACACAAUCGAGCACACCGAGCAGCCCAGGAAAACGUGAAGCAAAUAAUUGAAGACUAUUUUUUUCCAAAAAUGGAAAAGAAGACUAAACAAUUUGUAGCAAAUUGUCGCGUAUGCUCUCAAGCGAAGUAUGACCGCCAUCCAAGAAAGCAACUCAUUGCUCAAACGCCCAUACCCACAUAUUUACAGUCUUUAAAGUCUAGGACGAUAGUAGACGUUAAGCCUCAGCUUCUGCAGUUGCUCAAUGUGUUUUCAAAUACGAAAACUAUUUACUGUGACAACGAGAAGUCGCUCAAUUCACAUAGCAUCAAGGCCACGUUAAAGAACCAUUUCGACAUCGAUAUUGCGAACGCUCCACCCUUGCACAGUACCUCAAAUGGACAGGUAGAGCGAUUUCACAACACACUGAUGGAAAUAUCUAGAUGUCUUAAACUUGACAAAAAUUUAGAUGAUAUCGAAGAGAUAGUUCUUUUGGCUACCAUCGAAUAUAACAGGUCAAUACAUUCGGUAACUGAGACGAAACCUAUUACAGCCUUUCAUUCCUCGGAAGCCGACGCACAAAUAGUAUCGCGUAUAAAAAACACUCAGAUCAAAAACUUAGAAGCGCACAAUAGGAAUAGGCAAGAUAGGGAUUUUGCCGUUGGGGAGAAGGUGCUCGUAAAAAAUAACAGAAGGCUAGGUAAUAAACUUACACCUCUUUACACCGAAGAGGAAGUUGAAAAAGACCUGGACAGUAACGAAAUAAACUUCAUAAUAAAAAAUGAGCACUUCACGAACCUCUCCGUGGCCGAUGUUAUGGCUGUAGCUAAUAUUAAGAUUUUGCAAUACGAUAAUGUAAUUUACUUCCUAAUAAGAUAUCCUAUUCCUAAGCUUAGAUGUAAGAAAAUUACUAUUUUACCAGUAGCUCACGGCCACCAAAUGCUCCACCUACAAGAAUCCACCUUAGCGGUAUGCCAUAAUCGUACCUUAGCGGUGAGGAACUGCAGCGACACGAUACCAACUUUUUGCCUACCGUCAUCAGCCACAUCAUGCGCUCUACAACUACUGACAAGUAACACUGCAAGCUGCAGCACCACAUUCAACAAUCUCACGCCGAUUACACCAAUAGGCGAUGGAUUGGUAGUCAUAAAUGACCAACUGGCAAUAGUAGAAGAAAGUAAUGAAGCUCCUGUUACAAUUAAUGGCACUUACCUGGUCAUUUUCAAAGAUCAUGUAAAAAUCAACGAUUCGGUAUAUUACAACGAGAAUUCGACGACUCCUCUGCAACCUGAAACUCCAUGGGCUUCUGAGAUCAACCUGACACAACACACUGAGAUACUAAGUGCCCCCUAUCUGCAUCACGUGAACCAACGGAACCUCCAACACAUCCGCCAUUUACAACGUGUGGUCGAUCAGGGCCAAAUCGCAGGUUUAUCAAUCAUUGGUGGUUUUGCGAUUGUGGGACUGGCAGGUUACCUAUUACGACGAAGAACCAUCACAAAAAAGAAGAUCAUCAUAACCAGUUUAGCUGCACCAAGGCAACCAAAAACCCCACACGAGCUGCUAAGUCAGCGCAUUGGACACCUUAUUCUAGACACCUUAUUCAUUUGGUUGCACCCAAACCAACUACUUACAACCAUUCAUGGGAAACCUUCAUGCUCCCGUAUUCCCACAAGUAACACGAGCCGCCUAUUCAACACCCCACUACAGGUUAAUAGCCCAAUAUUCUACACGGGCCACUGUGUCAGCAAGAAAUGCAAUGGCAACGUUGGCAGAGCGACAGCGGCGCAACAUAAUGUGGUGGCUUAG